AUGACCCCCAACCCAGGAAUCUCGACCGCGGAAGAUGCCAACGCUACCAUGCCACGGCAAGAUGGUCCUUUCACUGGUAGUACCAUGCGUCCGCCGUCCCUCAGUAUAUCGGACCCGGAUAAUGACAGUGAAGUAAACGAUGAUAAUGGAGGAGACUAUUCUAUGCGUAUGGAGGAACUUUUCGACGAAGACCAGGAAGAAAACGGUGACGGCGUCGAUGAAGAAGAGUUCCUUUACGAAGGUGUAGAUGCAGAACUGCUCACGGGAGGUUACCGUGAGCAACUUCGAGACGUCCUGGAGGCAGACACUGAAGAGGAUUUCGAGGAGGAAGAAGAGGUAGCCAAGUCUCUGAUGCAUGAAGAGCGUCAGGAAAAUGGCCGUGAACACGAUCAGGAUGUGGCCGCAGUAACACCUUCAAAGGCUUCUGUUUUAUUAGGAUCGCCUGUACUAGGGUCUCCGAUGGUCUUGAGUGCCAAUGGGCUUAUAUGCGUUGGGACAGACAUGGGCAGAAUAUAUGUUUUUGACUUCAAGCAGACGCUUAAAUGCAUAUGCGCUUUAUCCCACGACCACACGUUUGUUGCCUCGGGUCAUGCAUCUGGAUACAUUCAACUCUUUGACCUGAAAAACCCUCAGCAGCCAGUGCGCAUCGUGGCACCCAUAACCCUUGCAGCAGUGUCAUCCGGUCGACAGGAGGGACAUCUUGUUGGCUCACGUAUCGUCAGCAUUGGCUUUGUAUCUAGCCGGCAUACAGGUCUCGUUUCUGCUGAUGAUACUGGUUUAGCCUUUUGCCAUAGCCUCAACAAGAUCCUUUUCAUAGACGCUUCUGACGUAAUUCGAAUACUGGGCAAUUACCCUAAUGAAGACGUCUCGAAGUCCGAUAGUACUAUGCUUCCUCUUGGUUCUUCAUCUCUCCCUGCGCAUGGAGGUAUAAGCUCCAACAAUGCAUCUUUCGGUCGCCGUCGCAAGGCUCGGACUACGGUUUUGGCUAUGGCACCUCUUCCGUUGGGUACUAUUCCACAUGCAACUGACACGUAUAAUAUUGUGGCUUUGCUGACUCCAACAAAGCUUGUUGUUGUUGGGUUGAAACCUUCGCCUAAAACCUGGCUCAAACGUAUGCGUGAAGACGAACCAAGUGCUCGAAAAGCCAGGUUUUCCAGGAGAGGAGCUUUGGCUUGGUUUCCAAGUAUAUCAUCUCACUUGUCGGCAGAUAAAGUGGAGCCGGUCAAGAAGAAAAGUAGGAAUGCCAACAAGGCUGACCAACCUGUGCCUACAACUCCUGUCCUAGCAUAUUCCUGGGGCCGAACUCUUUACCUUCUACGAGUUGAGGUGGGGACAUUAGUAUUCGAGGAAGCAGGGAAAUGGACUGCUGGAGAUGAUAUUUCUGCCAUUCAAUGGUUAAACACCAAUCAACUUGCUGUCUUUACCUUAACAAACCUGAUCGUUUACGAUGUUCAUACUAGCAAGUUGACGGAGCAAGUUCAGUUUAGUGCAGCUUCUUUGGUUUCGCCAUCCCUUCCUUAUACAAGUAACGGUUCCAUACCUUACUACGAAUCAAUAUGCGAUAUAGCUCAUAGUGUCAGGGUGUAUAAGGGGAAGAUAUUUACAUUAGGCCGGGGAAGCUUACAGGUCGGAACUUUGCUCACCUGGGCUGAUAAAAUAUUAUCAUUGGUUGAGGAAGGCGAUUUUCUGAGUGCCAUUGAGCUGACUCGCUCCUACUAUAUCGGUGAGGCUCCUGGUAACCAAAAUGGUCUUCCAGAGGAUAUUCGACAGCGGAAGGACAUUCUCGGUGAGAAGAUGCACGGCUUAAUGGUAGCAUCCACACGCUACGCGUUUUCGGAGGACCGAAUGACAGAUGGAACACAUUUCACACCAGACGGUCGUGGAGUUGACCGUACUUCACUAUUCGAAGAUUUAGUGACGACAUGUUCCAAGGCUUGCGUUGCAAUGAACGAUUUCGACUACUUGUUCGAAGACCUCUUUCAACAAUACGAUGAUACUGGAAUUUCCCGCAUAUACCUCCAACAACUAGAGAUAUUAGUACUGGAUAGUACUAUCCGGUCCGUGCCUCCACGAAUCACGCAGCGACUGGUUGCCUUACACGAGGAUGAUGGCCGCCCCGACCUCGCGGAGAGAAUUAUCUGGCAUAUUGAUCCCACGUGUCUAGACAUCGAUCAAGCUAUACUUCUUUGUCAAAGACAUCAAUUAUGGGAUGCUUUGAUCUACGUUUAUACGCGUGCCUUACGGGACUACGUGUCUCCUAUCGUACAGCUUCUUGGUCUCAUACGUCAGGCCCGAAAGCAUCGCAAGACUAUGGAUUUUUCGGAUCGGGAUUCGGGUACUGGCCUUGCCAUUGAGCCUGUCAUCAUGAAUGCUUACAAGGUCUAUCCUUAUCUGGCGAAUGUCCUGUCUGGUCUAACCUACCCCAGUGAGGAACCGUUAGACUUUGAAGAUGCAUUCCAGGCUAAGAAAGACGCAUACACGUUCCUGUUCUGUGGACGGUCCAGCGUAUGGCCGCUCGGAGAAGGUGGCAAACUCGUGCUAACCGCAGAAGAAGACAGCGGCGUAGAACCGACGUAUCCUUAUGCUCGUCUUCUGCUGCAGUUUGACGCAGAGUCGUUUUUACACACUCUGGACAUUGCAUUUGAAGAUUCUUAUCACAACGAACCCGUCCAGAGUAUCAACCGGCUUGUCGUUGUGAAGAUCUUGAUGGAAAUAUUAUCUUCAGGAAGUCUGUCAAGGGCCGAUGUGACAUUCGUGAACAUUUUCAUCGCUCGUAACGUUCCCAAAUAUCCUCAGUACAUCAAGGUAGCGCCAAGUGCUUCACAUGAAAUCCUUGUCACCCUGGCUACACAAAUAGAACCUGAUACUCGUGAAGACCGACAGCUCGCGGCCGAAUACUUGUUAUCAGUAUACACCCCUCACGAUAGCGAUCACAUCCUCCAACUCUUCGAAAGUGCCGGGUUCUAUCGCAUUCUACGAACCUGGCAUCGGCAAGAACAUCAAUGGGCGCCACUUCUUUUAACAUACUUUCACGAUCCAGACCUGUCAUUGACAGAGUUCUUCAACAGCAUCGAUGAUGUCCUUAAUACAUCCGUUCAUACCCUCAAAGGUGUUCUUUCCGGGGAGGUGGUCGCGGUUAUUUCUGAUGGGCUCCAGCAGCUAAUGGAAGCGGAUGUCGUAACCACGGCAUCACUUAUUGACAAGCAUGCACCAGAAUUGCAUGAACAGGCACUGAAAACUCUCCCUGAAGGUGACGACUUAAAGCGGUAUAGCUACCUUCGCCAUCUCUUGGGUCCGCCUGAUAAUGACCGCAGCGAAAAUGAUGUAAUAUCACGGGGUCCUGGCCCAUCCCUUCGCAUGAAUAGUGAUUUAUGUCACCUAUACAUUUCUCUGCGGUGUCAAUUCUUCCCGUCAGACGUGAUUACUGCACUGGAAUAUAUUCCAUUGCAACUCUUGGAUUGGUAUCAAGUUAUGCAAAUCUGCGAGGAAAAGCGGGUUUAUGAUGCUGUUAUAUGGGCGAUGAAUCAGAGAGGUGAUCCUCGAGAAGCUAUGUUGAAGGCAUCGGAUUUUGAGAAGGUCUUGACACUCAAUAUCACUCGCAGCCUGGUGGCAACAGCAGAAGGUUCUUUGGGGGAAGUCGAGAAACACGUCAAAGCUUUGAAGGCUCUUGGGCGAAGAGGGAUCGCUAUUUGCCUCGAACAUUCCAGAACGACCUCACCCGGCGAGGUACCGUUAGAGGACAUAUGGUUCCAGCUCUUGAAAAGUCAGAUGAACGCCGUGCAAAGCGUCUCCAGCUGUUGCUCCGGAGAUGCAUUGUCAGAGCCGCAAGACGAUACGGCGAGGGGUGAAAUGGUAAAAUCGGAGCGGCGUACCCUGUCUACACUACGCUCGCUAGUGAAAGAAACUUUUGAAGCGCUAGUCUCUAUCAGUUCCACUCGAGCUGUCUCUUUCCCUCGACUCUUCAAACGCCUCGUUGAUCCUAGUAAUCUCGACUAUGGAAUCAGUGGCACAUAUACAGAGUUCAGAACGAUUUUGACGGGUAUGUUAGAGUCAUAUCGCUCUGAUGGGGACAUGCUGGUUAUUUCAAAACACUUGCUUGAACGAGAUGUCUUUGAUACCGUGGAAGAGUUUACGCGUGAAAGAAUGAAAGGUUGGGCUCCUUCGCGCAACGUAUGCUCGGGUUGUCGUAAAUCUCUUUUGGAAGGCAAAAAGGUUAACGGGAAAAAUAUCACGAUAGUAUGA